GUUUCCUCCUCAUGGUUUCCUCCUGUGUUUCCUCCUCAUGGUUUCCUCCUCAUGGCUUCCUCCUGUGUUUCCUCCUGUGCUUCCUCCUCAUGGUUUCCUCCUGUGCUUCCUCCUGUGUUUCCUCCUCAUGGUCUCCUCCUCUGUGUCUGCAGUGCGUGCUCUGGAGAAGGUGAAGGGCUCGGCUCAGCUCCAGGCCAGCUACUCCUCGUCUGACAGCAGCCUCUACACCAACCCCAAAGGCAGCGCCGUGUCCGCGUUCGACGGCGGCUCGGACUCCAGCUCCGAGUCGGAGGCCGAGGAGCCGCCCAACAGGAAGAAGCUGCGCGUGGAGGCCAGCUAGAGGGGGCGGAGCCAUUCAAAUAUGGCGGUGCACAGAGGAGAGGAAGUGACGCCUUCAAAGCUCUCG